AUGCUUAACAAUAAGUCUCAUACUAAAAUUGAAAUUAAACAACAAAUCGGAGAAAUAGAGCCUCCUUCGAAGAGGACCCGCACAGAGAAAGAUGUGCCAUUGUGGCAAUCUUCGCCAAAGAAGCAAAAGCUCAUUGGGAGCAAAAGCAUUCUUAUUGGCUUGGAUAACUUUACUGAAAUUUUGAAUCGAGGUUUAACUAUACUCGACAAAUCGCUCCUCAUCGCCGACUUUCUUGAAUGCAAUGCACUUGUCUCCUCCAUUGUCCGAAACGGUUCUUCAAAACAACAAAGCUCAUCAUUAAGAAUUUCUUUACCGUUCCUAUCCAUCCCGCCAAUGUGGACUACUGCCGUGAAUUAUUUAAAGACGCCAAGAUUAUGGAGGAGAGAUCGGACCAACUCAAUAAUCACUUUGCAAGUAUCCGGUCAUCUAUUUCUCAAGAGCUACAAUGGCUGUGAUAUUUGGUCGAAGAUGCAGAUCAAACUAUUUGGGAUGUUGACAGCAUUGUACAGCUAUGUUUACGAUAAACUUAACCCAUACGAGACGACACGUUCUGAAGAUAAGAAGUGUAAACGCAUGGACGAUGCUCUUGUGACCUCCCCAAGUACUUGA